AUGGGUCUGGGGCUUGUCUUGUUCCUCGCCUCUGCGGUGCUAGGUGCUGACCUGCCCUCUAUCCAAAUCAAGGGCUCCAAAUUCUUCUAUCCCAACGGAACGCAGUUCUUCAUCAAGGGCAUCGCCUACCAGCAAGACUCCUCCCCCGGCGGCGCAACCACCAACUCAUCCGCCACCUUCACCGACCCCCUCGCCGACGAGGCUAGUUGCAAGCGCGACAUCCCCCUCCUCCAGCAGCUGCAGACCAACGUCAUCCGCACAUAUGCCAUCGACCCGACCGCCGACCACUCGGCCUGCAUGAAGCUGCUCAGCGACGCGGGCAUCUACGUCCUCUCCGACCUGGGCAAUCCCCAGCAGUCCAUCAACCGCGGCAACCCCGAGUGGAACGUCGACCUCUUGGCCCACUACCAAAAGGUGGUCGACAGCCUCGCCAGCUACAGCAACGUCAUCGGCUUCUUCGCCGGCAACGAGGUGACCAACAAUGCCACCACCACUCCCGCUUCCGCCUACGUCAAGGCCGCCGUGCGCGACGUCAAGCGGUACAUCAAGAAUCAGAACUACCGCCCCAUGGGGGUGGGCUACGCGGCCGACGACGACGCCGACAUUAGGGACCAGAUCUCCGCCUACUUCAACUGCGGCCCGGCCGAGGACUCGGUCGACUUCCUGGGCUGCAACGUGUACGAGUGGUGCGGGAAGCAGACGUUUGAGAGCUCGGGGUAUAACCGCCUCCUGGAGUCGUUUCAGUCCUUUUCCGUGCCCGUCUUCUUUGGCGAGUACGGCUGCAACUUGCCCGGUGGCGCGGCUGACCGCAUCUUUGACGACACGGCGGCGCUAUAUGUGUCCAACAUGACGGCCGUGUUUAGCGGUGGCUUUGUCUACGAGUACUUUGAAGAAGCCAACGACUACGGCCUUGUCAAAGUUAGCGACGGCUCAGCCACCAAGCUCAAAGACUUUGCCGCUCUGCAGAAGCAAAUCAGCGCCGUAAGCCCCGAAGGCGUCCAAAUGUCCGACUACAGCCCGUCCAACAAAGCCGCCGACUGCCCGGCCGUCAAUGCAAAGUGGCAGGCCAGCCCGCAACUGCCUCCCACCCCCAACGCCGACGCCUGCAGCUGCAUGGCCAAGGCGGCAGAGUGUGUCGUGGCCAAUAGCACCGACGCCAAGGACUACGGCAGCAUCUUCGGCUUCAUCUGCGGCUCCAACGGGGAUCUCUGCAAGGGCAUCAACGCAAACACCUCGACCGGCGUCUACGGCGCGUACAGCAUGUGCAGCGACAAGGACAAGUUGACCUACGUCCUAAACCAGUAUUACUCGAGCAACGGAAAGGCGAGCACGUCGUGCAGCUUCAAGGGCAGCGCGCAGACCCAGACUGCCUCGGGCAGCCUCAGCCAUUGCGAUUCUCUGGCCGCCGCGUCCGCUUCCGGGUCCGGCAACUCGAGCGCCAGCGGGAACGGGGGCUCCAACAGUGCGGGCACGGCUGUCGCUGCCUUGGGUUUCUGGUCGGCGAGUGCGUUGCUGUUGACGAUGCUGGCUAGCGCGGCGGUUUCUUUGUAA